AUGAAGCUUUCACUUCUUUCCAGCGGCCUUGCUAUAAUUUUACAGCUUGCUUCUGCAACUCCAACCCCAACAUCGGACGAGAAUGUCGUCCAGGAGAGAGCAAAUAUUGCAAAGAGAGCAACCAUCACAGAUAUUGCGACUACGGGCUAUGCUACACAGAAUGGAGGGACAACUGGAGGAAACGGAGGCACCGUCACUACAGUCUCAACUCUCGCGCAGUUCACGACUGCAGUGCGAGUUGGGUCCAAUAAGUCUAUAAUUGGCAAAAGUGGUGCUACACUUGUCGGUAUUGGCCUCUACAUCAACAAGUCUGCGAACGUAAUCGUUCGAAAUAUUAUUAGCCAGAAAGUACUCGCGGCCAAUGGCGAUGGAAUUGGCAUCCAGAUCUCAACAAAUUGGGUCACGGUCUCUAAUUCAUACCUGCAUGAUCAUUACAAAGCCUCUCUCAUCGGACAUAGCGACAACAAUGGUGCUCAAGACACGGGUCAUCUGCAUGUUACUCAGCACAACAACUAUUGGGAGAACAUUGGAAGCAGAACACCUUCCAUUCGUUUUGGUACUGGGGAGAUCCAAUCAUACGAGGAUAAAGAGAAUGCCUAG